UGCUCUUUUUUAGGACAAGCCUAACGUCCUCUAGAAAUACAAAUAAAGCCCAAUAAACAAAUAAAACUUCUAAACAACUUAUGUAUACUUUAUUAGCUGAUUCAGCGUCUGCCGUGACCGAGUGCUUUUUGUGAGUCUCUCCAAGGUUAUAUUGUUUUGGAAACAGAAUGAGCGCAUACGUUGGAAAGUCUUUUUCCAAGCAAACGCAAGACGCCUCCUCUUGUAGAAUGCACACUUUUGGCAACUAUGGAGCUCACUCGGAGUUCCACGAGUCCAAUUACGCGUACGAAGGACUUGAUCUCGGCGGAUCCUUCAGUUCUCAAAUCCCCUCCAACUCUUUGAAACGGGAGGCGAUAAACACAACCGACCGUGCAAGGAGCAGUGCAGCAGUUCAGCGAACACAGUCCUGUUCAACUCUGGGCUCUCGUAGCUUUGUAAGCACUCACGGGUACAACCCCCUCAGUCACGGACUGUUGAGCCAAAAAGCCGAGGGGAAUAUGGAAGUUAUGGAGAAGCCCAGCGGCAAGAGCCGCACAGACGAUCUCAAAAUGGAGACUACUUCAGCGAUAAAGCAACAAACUAAUUCGACUCAGCGUCAGAACCAGUCGCAGCCGCAGAUAUAUCCGUGGAUGACAAAGCUACACAUGAGCCACGAAUCUGAUGGUAAAAGGUCACGAACCAGUUACACCCGGUACCAGACUCUGGAGUUGGAGAAAGAGUUCCAUUUCAACCGAUACCUCACACGUCGCAGACGUAUCGAGAUUGCCAAUAACCUCUGCUUGAACGAGCGCCAAAUUAAAAUUUGGUUCCAGAACCGUCGCAUGAAGUGGAAGAAGGACUCAAAGUUGAAAGUGAAAGGAGGACUAUAAUAACGUGAUGCACGGCUUCAGCUUGAAAAUAAAGGCAAUGUUAACUUGUACUGAAUCAACAACCGAUUUAAAAUAGAUUUUUCUUGUUGACAACAGUUGAUGUCUUUCAUUUGUCUACAGUAUCAUGUUGUUAUGUGAAUAUGUCCAUAUUUUCAAUAUUUAUUGAUAGGGCUCCUUUCCCAGAGUGCGGGAGGUGCUUAUUUGAAUAAUGUAUGAGCUUAAAGUUUAUUUGAAUAUGCUUUACUAAAAUCACUUGUAUCAGUAACCUACAUAAUAUACCAAGGCCUGCAUCCAGUUACGUUGGCUUAAAUGUAAGUGCAAAUAAUGUGGUGCUUUGCUUGAACAUUCAUCAGUCUGCCCAUUGCAUUUUGCAUUUUGAUGGGACUUUUUAUCCAUUGUACUUUCUGUCGUAAAUACAUCUAUACAACUAUAAAAAUCCACAACAAGGAAGGUAAACCGCACGCCAUGAUGAUAAUGCAACAACUGUAGUGUCAUAUUAAACGCUGUGUAUCAUGUUGUCUGUCAGCCAGCAGCCAAAUGGUAAUUUUCUCUUGACGAUUAUGUCUGUUAAAAUACUGUGCAAUCAGAAUAUUUUGCUUUUUUAUUGAUUAUGUUUUUGGGGGCUAUUUUUUCAGGCAGGUACCUUGACUUUUGUUUCUAUACACUCUUGAGGAGCCUAUAUAGGGCAUCCUGUAAGGAGUAUAAGGAGUGGCUUAUUGAUACCUCUCAUACCAAACAAGCUACUCGACCUACUUUUGUGUGAACCGCAUUUGUUAUAUGAUCCAUUGUUUCUGUUAUUCCAACCGUUUGUUUUCGAUGUUUCACUGCUAAGCCACAUCGAUAAUUUUCCAGUCAGUAAUGUAUCACUACAGUAACAAGAUUAAAUUGCCAAUAAUGGCAACAUAUCAGAAAGUUUCGUCAGUUCUGAGUUAAAAGCCAUCUGUGUCCAAUAAAACGUCCAAUGUGGUAUC